AUCAAUAUUUUAAAUCAUGAUCUCUCAACCAACUUCCAAUGUAGGUACAUGCCCACGAUUGUCAUUUGUGGCUAAUUUGCAAAUUUUUAACAUUUGUUCUAAAUGUGAACAAUUAUUAAAUGUGCUAAAUUAUGCUAAUUAAUUGAAAUUAAUUCUUACUUCAUAAAUACUAUUUCAUUAAACUAAUCCAAGUUUUUUCAUAAUGGUAAUAAGUAUAGGAUUUGAAGGUAGUGCAAAUAAAUUAGGAAUAGGUAUCGUUAAAGAUGGCGAGGUUUUAUCAAAUUGUAGAAGAACAUACAUAACACCACCUGGUGAAGGAUUUUUACCUCGAGAAACUGCUCAACAUCAUCAAAAUAAUAUUAUAUCGUUAUUAGAAGAAACACUUAAAACGGCUGGUAUUCAACCUAACCAAAUCAAUAUUGUAUGUUUUACUAAAGGUCCUGGAAUUGGAGCUCCAUUAGUUAGCGUUGCUGCUGUUGCACGUACUGUUGCUCAACUUUGGAAUAAACCUCUAAUACCCGUCAAUCAUUGCAUUGCACAUAUAGAAAUGGGUCGUUUAAUCACUGGCAGUGACAAUCCUACUGUUUUAUAUGUUAGUGGUGGAAAUACUCAAGUUAUAGCAUACUCUGGGAAUCGUUAUAGAAUAUUUGGGGAAACAAUAGACAUUGCUGUUGGAAAUUGUUUAGAUCGAUUUGCAAGAGUUUUAAAAUUAUCCAAUGAUCCUAGUCCUGGAUAUAAUAUUGAACAAUUAGCUAAAAAUGGUUCAAAAUAUCACAAAUUACCUUAUGUUGUUAAAGGUAUGGAUGUAUCAUUUUCUGGUAUACUUUCAUACAUUGAAGAAAAAGCUCCAUUAUUGCUAUCAUCAGGGGAAUAUACUCCAGAAGAUUUAUGUUUUUCACUUCAAGAAACACUUUUUGCUAUGCUCAUUGAAACUACUGAAAGAGCCAUGUCUCACUGUCAGUCUAAAGAAGUACUUAUUGUUGGAGGUGUAGGCUGCAAUGAAAGAUUACAAGAAAUGAUGAAAAUUAUGUGUGAUGAAAGAGGUGCAACGUUAUAUGCUACUGAUGAAAGAUUUUGCAUUGAUAAUGGAGUAAUGAUUGCUCAUACAGGAGCAUUGAUGCAUAAAAGUGGAUAUAAGGCUCAAUGGGAAGAAACAUUUUGUACUCAAAGGUUUAGAACAGAUGAAGUUGAAGUUACAUGGAGGUGAUGAAAAUAUAUAAUUGCUUUUUUUAUGUACAA